UAGAAUGUUCCUGAGCUUCCGCCCUGAGAUAGGAUCAACUGGGAACUCAAUGGCUUCACCUGCCAACACCUUCUUGUUCGAACCAGCUAACUUGGUGGCAAUUGUAACUCUAUCACGAGGGCGGUGUGGACUCUCCAAAGGUGUCACUUGGUAUCUUCUGUCAAUGGCCGUGGCAGAUCUACUGGUUGUCAUAUUUAACGUCAUUCCAAAAGUGAUAUAUUACUAUUAUAAACCUCCCCUUUGCAACAUCAUAAAUACCAUGAGUUACGUGUCUGUGGCUAGUUCCGUCUGGCUCACGGUUGCCUUCACCUUUGACCGGACAGUGGCCAUUUGCUUCCAGAGGCUGAAGACCAGAUACUGCACUGAGAAAGGUGCAGCUAUCAUUAUUGCAGUGGUGAGUGUGCUGAGUUUGUUCACCAACAUCCCGUGGUAUUUCACGUACAUGACUUAUAUCUGCUGGGUAUCGCUUGGUUUCAUAAAUUCCCUCAUGUGGCAAGCCUUUGACUGGGGGCACCGUGUUUUAACCCCAGUUGUCCCCUUCGUGCUGAUCCUGCUGCUCAAUGUGGUCACUAUUAGGCAUAUUCUGAUGGCCAGUGCAGCCCGCAGGAGAUUGAGGGGUCAGCGGAAUGGGGAGGAGAAGGACGACCAAGAGAUGAAGAAUCGAAGAAGAUCCAUCAUUUUACUCUUCACUUUAUCGGCCAGUUUUAUCCUGUUAUGGAUGACACAUGUGGUCAUUCUAGCAGUUGAGUAUAUUACUAUGCAGUAUUUUGAAAUGACACCUUCAUAUGUCGUGGCUCAAAAGGUGGGAGUAAUGCUUCAAUCAUUCAGCUCCUGUACCAACAUGUUUAUUUAUGCCAUCACCCAGAGGAAGUUCCGAGAGGAGAUGAAAAAUGUUGUGAAAUAUCCCUUUAGGGCCAUCCUGAGUUUCUGUAGAAGGUAGAGAGAGAAAUGGAAAAUCCAACCCAGGACAGGUGGUAAUGUCAUUGUUCCUGACCAGCAAAACCCAAUUGUAAAUUCAGAUCAAAGAGAUUUGAAAAUGAGAAUUGAUUGUCCACAUUUAGUCAGUAGGUGGGUUCAUUGGGAUUGUAAAACAUCAUCUCCAGCCUCUCAGAGAACUGUGGUCCAUUAAAAUGUGCCAACAGCUAAAACAAUUCCACAGUGAAUC